UCGUGAACCCAUCUUGCCUGUUCUCCAGCAUCAUGUUGGUGGUGGCAAGACAUCUGAGAGAGGUUUUCAUGAGCCAGUAGCUCCAUUACGUCUCCUACCUAUCCAGGCCAAGGAGAUGGAUCAUGAGCAAAAAACCAAUGCCAUUUAUGCUGCCAGUGCAGUAUGGCAGUACCCCCCAUCUCUUUGCAGAGGUUAUUUGUACCUCGCUGUUCUCAUGCAUAAUCUGUAUGUGUGUCAUAUUAGGGCUCCACGGUUGUGAGCCCAUCUUGUCUGUUUUCCAGCAUCAUGUUGGUGGUGGUAUGAAGCCUGACAGAGAAUUAUGUGAACCUGUGGCCCCGUUACAUCUCCCUCCUAUCCAGACCAAGGAGAUGGUUCAUUUUAUGAGCCCUCGCCUUCAGAGUGGUGACAACUCAAAGGACAGCAAUGGAAGGAUCGAUGUUACCUUGUCCACGUCAGUUCAGAAGAUCGAUUGGCAGCAAAUGAGAGUGAAGGAGCUUCUGUAUAGAGAGAGGAAGAAAGAAAGAGAAAAGUCGUUGCAGGUCCUGGAACAGGAUAUUGACCCUGGGGAUGCAGCUGAAGAAAGAAUCCCAGUGCCGGCCACUGCUCUGGACUCUGUAGAGUGUGGAGAGUUGUCAGAGCAUGGAGAUGACCAGGAAGCCAGACCCUUCCCUGAUGCACAAAAGGGUCUGCUCGACACACUCACAUGGCUCAGGAGUGAUGAGUGGGAGGAAAAGACCAAGAGGCUCUUCAGUGUCAGACGCCUGGCUAUCUGCCACUCAGAAGUCCUUCUUAGGAGACUUCAUGGUGUUUCCUCGACAGUCACCAGAGAGGUGAACACCCCCCACUGGAAGGUUUCUCUCCUUGCUCUCAAGACUCUUGGAGAGCUCUUCAGGACCAUGAAGAAGCACAUGGACCCUGAGUUGGAUGAGGUUACUCAGGUCAUGCUCCAGAGGAUGGGGAACUGCAGCAUGUCAGUUCAGAAAGUAGCCAGUCAGUGACUGGGGAUCACUGUGGGGAACGUGACUCCUGCACAAGCCAUUACUGCUGUCAUGGUUAGUGAAAUC